CAAUAUUCAAUUAUAUUGAAUUUAUGCGAAAUAAAAUUCGAAAAUGCCAAGUAAGAAAAUGAAAUAUGAAAAAUAUGAAAUAUUGUGAAAUUAUAUUGGAUUGUUGAAAUAUUGUUGAAUUAUAAUGGAUUGAAAUAUGCAGUGUCAAUUUAUUUCAUGGGGGAUGCCCAGCCUACAUUCGCUCGUCAUACGACGAGCUCCACUAAUGGAUAUGGGUACUGCUACUAGUUCUGUGACAUCUGUUAAUUCUUCUAAUAAAGUUGCUACAAACCAGAAAAAAGUUGAUAAGUCUAAUAAACUUACUGGAGUCAGAUUACCUUUAUUGCGUAAAGAAGCCAGUGUUGUAAAUCUUUCUUUGACAGAGAGGACUGCAGUAGGAAAAGGAAUAGAUGCUCCUUUACUUAGACCUGAAAGUAGUGCAAGUUUAGAAGCUCGUGGUAAUAGCUGGUUGAGUCUAGGUCCUGGAGUAUUACGAAAAUGUGAAACUGCUGUGGGUUUAAGCACUUCUGCUUUAGAAGGAAGACCCAUCAAUCGCAGUCGAGUUUGUUCUCGAUGUUCCAGUUUAUUAUCAUUGGCAUCUAGUUCACGCUAUAGUUUAGCUGCAGGCAAUUUUGUUCCUGCAAGUUCUCAACAAGCGCUUGGACGUAUUUUUUGUAAAUUAUGUCUUGUUGAUACUUCUCUUUCUAAAACAUUUAAGAUAGAAGGCUGUGGUUGUUCUUAUUGUAAAGAUUGUAUGAAAGCAUAUAUUGAAUUUGAAAUUGAAGAAGGUGCAUAUGAAAUUAGUUGUCCUGAUGCACAAUGUGAACAUGGAGCAAUACUUUCCAUGAAGGAAAUAUCAAGUCUUGUUAGUUCUGAACUUGUGGAAAAACAUUAUAAAUUCAGAUUAAAUAGAGAUGUGUCUAUGGAUAAAGCACGUGCUUGGUGUCCACGUGCAGGUUGUGAAACAAUAUGUUCCAUCAAUUCUACUGGAUCAAAUGGAACUCCUAUUGGACCAGUUCAUUGUCCUAAUUGCUCUACAGAUUUUUGUUCUAUAUGUCGAGAAUCUUGGCAUACUGGUCCUUGUUCAGACAUUUCUUUAGGUAUACCAUUUGAUGGUGAUCAUAUCAAAUGUUGUCCUAUGUGUUCUGUACCUAUUGAAAAAGAUGAAGGAUGUGCUCAAAUGAUGUGUAAAAGAUGUAAACAUGUUUUUUGUUGGUAUUGUUUAGCUUCUUUAGAUGAUGACUUUUUAUUGCGACAUUACGACAAAGGGCCUUGUAAAAAUAAAUUGGGUCACUCACGCGCAUCCGUUAUUUGGCACAGAACACAGGUUAUUGGAAUUUUUGCUGGAUUUGGGUUACUUUUACUCGUUGCAUCGCCAUUACUUUUAUUGGCUGCACCAUGUAUUGUAUGUUGUAAAUGUCGUGUAUGUGGAUCAUCUAGACUUGAACAAGAGGAAGGUGACACUGCAACAUAAAGGAAUAUGAAAAGUUUUUUAAUAUUUCUGUAAUUUCUUUUCAAUAUAAUGAAUAAUUAAAUUAGAAUAUUUAACUUGUGCA